AUUUGUGUAUCACAUACACAAACUUAGAGAUAAAAGAAACUAUCUAGCUGAUCAAUUUAAAUAAAGAAUAGCUCGUUCAACAAAGUCAGAAUCGAAUCUUCAAUUCAGAAAAUCUAAGAGAAUUAGCUAGCUGGAUUUGGAUCUGCACCGACUCGAUCUAGGAAGUCAGAAUCGAAUCGUUCGUUCAGAAAAAUCAACGAAAAUUAACUAGUUGAAUUUGGAUCUACACUGACUCGAUCUACAAAGUCAGGAUCAAAUCUUUCAUUCACAAAAUUAAAAGAGAAUUAAAAAUCCAAUUUGGAUCAGCACCGGCUCGAUCUACGAAGUCAGAAUCGAAUCAAAUCUUUCGUUCAUCAAAAGCAGAAUUUGAAUCUACAUCAGCUCGAUCUAAAGUAAGAAUCGAAUCUUUCUAUUAUUUUUUCCCAAAUUCAUUCGUGAAUAAUAAUUCAAGAUCGUGACACGAGUACUCAUGGAGAAACCAUGCAAGUCAUCAAAGAAGAAAAUUACAAUCUUGAAAUUACUACCAAAAGCAGCUGCUGCAGCUGCUUUUGUACUACAAAAUGCACAUGCACCUUUUAGUCCAAGUAGAGAAAAGAGAUUAGAACAUCAUCACAAAAAUCACCACCAUAAAGGAUUUACAGGCCCAAUAAUACCAGUAAUUCCGGCCCAUCAAGUUUCGGGUCGAAAAUCCGAGCCCGGUUCGCCUAAAAUAUCAUGUAUGGGGCAAAUCAAGCAAAAUAAAAAGAAGACGUUGAAUCGUAUGAGAAGUAGCGAAAAAAUCAGCCCUAGUAAAAAUCAACGAAAAAAAAUUACAAGGAAAUCGAUGUCUAAUUUUGGUAAUAUGUUUGGUGGCAAAUCAAAAUUGAUAUCAGGGCGAAAAUCAGAUGUUACAGAAGAAAAUAUUGUUUGUAAACUUCCUGAUAGAGCACCUUGUUUGAGUCAAAUGCAACGAUUCGCUAGUGGUAGGGAACCGUUGACCAAUUUUGACUGGAGGUCGAUACAAAUUACACCUCAAGAUGAACGUAAGUAUUAUACAGACGAUGAUAGAGAAUUCAGUGACGAUGAUGAUGACGAAGAUGACGAAAUUAGUCCUUUUUCUGGUCCAAUAUUAUUAGGUAGAAGUAGAACAACUAUAUGUUUGGAGCCAAGGAAGGAAAUUAAUUUAUGGAAAAGGAGAACUAUGGUCCAACCUAAGCCUCUUCAAUUGCAAUAUUAGAUAAGUUCAAAUUGUUUAUUUUUUUUUUUCCCUUUUAGUUUCUUGUUUUUGUUUAAUUUCUUCUUAAUAAUGUAUUAAUACGAUUUAAAUUAAAUCGCAUAUACUAAUAGUGUAAUUUGUUAUGAAAAAUUUUGAAAUUUAAUUUA